GUCAGUCGGUCAAUUAGUCAAUUCAAUUUUAUCUCUUAAAAAAUUGCACUAAUCGAAAAUUCGAAACAAUUGAAAUAUUAAAAUGUUAAUAUAAGGUAUCUUCUUCAAAUGUUACAAUUUGACGCAUGUAAAUAAAAUAGAACUCAAACAGUAUGUUUAAAAGUCGCGGAGAUAUUGUUUAUAAAUGCACAGUGCGCUUAUUAGAAGAUACCGAAAUUUUGGAAUGCGAAUUUCAUCCAAGUUAUAAAGGCAAAUUCCUCCUGGAGCAUGUUUGCCAGCAGUUAAACCUCACUGAGACAGAUUACUUUGGAUUACGAUAUGUGGAUACCAGCAGUCAAAGGCACUGGCUGCAUAUGGCUAAGUUAAUACUGAAACAAGUAAAAGAUGCUUCGCCAAUACUAUUUAGUUUCCGAGUGAAGUUUUACCCGCCGAACCCGCUGCUGUUAAAAGAGGAUGUGACGAGAUUCCAGAUUUAUCUCCAGCUGAAGAGGGACCUGCUUCAUGGACGGCUGUAUUGCACCGCCAAUGAAGCGGCCAUGCUGGGAGCGCUUAUUAUACAGAUUGAGCUUGGUGACUACGACCCUAGCAUUCACGUGGGCAACUACGUUAGCGAGAUGAGAUUACUGCUGAGACAGACGGACACCAUCGAAGCGAGGAUACAGGAAUUACACAGCGAGCCGGUAGAGGGCACCCCGGGCGGUGGCGGCGGCGUUAAAGGCAUGUCCACACAAGAGGCAGAGAGGACAUUCCUCAAGAUAGCCUGCCAACUAGACACUUACGGGGUCGACCCUCAUCCUGUCAAGGACCAUCGAGGCAACCAGCUGUACCUUGGCAUCAACCACAGCGGCAUCCUGACAUUCCAGGGCAGCCGGAAGACACACCACUUCAAGUGGUCGGAGGUGCACAAGAUUAACUUUGAGGGCAGAAUGUUUAUAGUUCACCUUAAUUAUCCCGAGAAAAAGCACACGGUAGGUUUCAAAUGCCCGAGCGGAGCCGCGUGCCGCCACGUGUGGUGCUGCGCUAUCGAGCAGAUGCUGUUCUUUACUUUGUCGUCAUCAUCGGAAGCUAGCGUGUACUCCGGCGGGGGGCUGUUCUCGUGGGGCACCAAGUUCAAGUACGUGGGCCGCACUGAGAGGGAGAUAUUGGAAAGAGACGGUCUUCUGGCACCGAGGGACUCGCAGGAGGAGGGCUGUAGCGGCGGGAAACGCAAAGCGUCGAGCGUGCCGGCCACGCCCUCCACACCCAUGACUGGUGAUUUUGGCUACAGCAGCCUACCCAGGUCUACCCACAGCGCGCCGCUGGAGCACGCGGUGCUCGCGUCCGAGGCGUGCAACGGCGGCUGCCUGCUCAGCGGGCCCGCCGUCGACAUCGCGCUGGCCUGCUGCGACCACCUGCCGGCGCACGACACCAAGCCGCCCAGUAUGUAUACACACGAGGCAGCAUUGUGUCUCCAGGUGCAGCAGCUGCAACGGCGGCUGCCUGCUCAGCGGGCCCGCCGUCGACAUCGCGCUGGCCUGCUGCGACCACCUGCCGGCGCACGACACCAAGCCGCCCAGUAUGUAUACACACGAGGCAGCAUUGUGUCUCCAGGUGCAGCAGCUGCAACGGCGGCUGCCUGCUCAGCGGGCCCGCCGUCGACAUCGCGCUGGCCUGCUGCGACCACCUGCCGGCGCACGACACCAAGCCGCCCAGUAUGUAUACACACGAGGCAGCAUUGUGUCUCCAGGUGCAGCAGCUGCAACGGCGGCUGCCUGCUCAGCGGGCCCGCCGUCGACAUCGCGCUGGCCUGCUGCGACCACCUGCCGGCGCACGACACCAAGCCGCCCAGUAUGUAUACACACGAGGCAGCAUUGUGUCUCCAGGUGCAGCAGCUGCAACGGCGGCUGCCUGCUCAGCGGGCCCGCCGUCGACAUCGCGCUGGCCUGCUGCGACCACCUGCCGGCGCACGACACCAAGCCGCCCAGUAUGUAUACACACGAGGCAGCAUUGUGUCUCCAGGUGCAGCAGCUGCAACGGCGGCUGCCUGCUCAGCGGGCCCGCCGUCGACAUCGCGCUGGCCUGCUGCGACCACCUGCCGGCGCACGACACCAAGCCGCCCAGUAUGUAUACACACGAGGCAGCAUUGUGUCUCCAGGUGCAGCAGCUGCAACGGCGGCUGCCUGCUCAGCGGGCCCGCCGUCGACAUCGCGCUGGCCUGCUGCGACCACCUGCCGGCGCACGACACCAAGCCGCCCAGUAUGUAUACACACGAGGCAGCAUUGUGUCUCCAGGUGCAGCAGCUGCAACGGCGGCUGCCUGCUCAGCGGGCCCGCCGUCGACAUCGCGCUGGCCUGCUGCGACCACCUGCCGGCGCACGACACCAAGCCGCCCAGUAUGUAUACACACGAGGCAGCAUUGUGUCUCCAGGUGCAGCAGCUGCAACGGCGGCUGCCUGCUCAGCGGGCCCGCCGUCGACAUCGCGCUGGCCUGCUGCGACCACCUGCCGGCGCACGACACCAAGCCGCCCAGUAUGUAUACACACGAGGCAGCAUUGUGUCUCCAGGUGCAGCAGCUGCAACGGCGGCUGCCUGCUCAGCGGGCCCGCCGUCGACAUCGCGCUGGCCUGCUGCGACCACCUGCCGGCGCACGACACCAAGCCGCCCAGUAUGUAUACACACGAGGCAGCAUUGUGUCUCCAGGUGCAGCAGCUGCAACGGCGGCUGCCUGCUCAGCGGGCCCGCCGUCGACAUCGCGCUGGCCUGCUGCGACCACCUGCCGGCGCACGACACCAAGCCGCCCAUGGCUUGCGCCGCGCCCGAGUACAGCCUGCGCGACUCGUUCGAGCACUCGUCCUCGGAGUCGGGCGCCACGCCGCGCGCCGGCGCCGCGCCCGCCCCCGACUGGGCGCUGCCCCCCGCCCUGCAGCCCGCCCCGCGCCCCUUCAGCCUCCUCAGAGCUUUCGUCCCCUCGUUCCUCUUCGUGUGGCUCUCCUUAGCGCUCCUAGCUGUCUUAGUCUUCGAGACAGACUGGCCUCCAUUUAAACCUCUCAAACACAAACCGGAACUGAUCGCCCUCCGACGACAUUACUACGCCCCCCUCAAGGAAUAUUUGAGGAGGAAAAUGGUGGAACUAUUUUGAUUCGUCCGGGUCGAGCCGACGUCGUAUAGACGUCGAUUCGGUGUGGCCGACGUGACAUACCGACGAUUCCAUUAUGGAUAACGUUAAUGCUAUUUUUUAGCAUGUGAGCACCCCGCCGCUGAGACGACACGGGGUGCUAACAUUAGACUUAGUGACUCAAGGCGAGGAGUGUUUAAUAUAUUAAUCGAAACGCCUAAUUCCAAAAUAGCACCCCUGAGGCGCUUCGUUUUGAUCUUCGCUGUAACUUUGACUAAUAUUGUAAGGGCAAGUGGCGUUUUACUACCUUAGUUUUGUGAGUUGGUUAUAAAUACAAAUGAGUUAACCUGAUCAAGUACAAAAAAUGUAAGGUGUGUGAGCAAAAGCUGUGAAAGGACUUUGACGAAAAAAAUCAUAAUCAACCAGUGUUUAUUACAGACGUGUAUUAUGACAAACUUUCAGUGUGUUUAAUAGGAGAUCUUCUGAGAUAUAUAUGAAUGAAGUACUCAACUUUAUAAAUGGAGCUAUUGCUCAAUUUCAGAUUAUGAACGAGGCAUUAGGCUGGUGCAAUGUGAAAAGGCACAAAUGUAGUAAAAUUUGUGGGAUGAAUGAGUUAAGGACGGAAUUCGCAUUUAACAUAAUGCCACUUGCCUUCAUCUAUACUAAUGUGCCGAGAAAAUGGGAAAAUGCGACUGCUACUCCGAAGUGUCAAAUUUUCGGGCACUUUUUUGAUAGAUUCAUAUGUAAUUAAAUAUAGAGAUUAAAUAAGUCGUGCCAUCGGUUUGAAUAACAAAUAUUUUUAACUAU